AUGGAUGGAUGGAUGGAUGGAUGGAUGGAUGGAUGGAUGGAUGGAUGCCGAGAGGGCAGUGUGAGGGGCGAGAAGGCUACUGAUGCUGAAAGACGAAGGAAAGCACGCACCGCACCGCCGUCCCACAAACUAUCAUCAGCACAUCUAAUCUAUCUCUUUCUUCCGUCACAGCACCCGAGGAUAGCUGCUAAUACUAAUAUUGCUUCUUUGUUGCUUGCUAUACUCAAGGUAUAA